AGAGAGAGGCAGGGAGACAGUCCUUCAGUCUAGAGUCGGAUUAGACGUCUCUUUGUGUUGUGUAACAAAGGUUCACUGGAUUUCCAUCCCUGACAUUCUCUUCCCAGAGAUAAAUCUACUGAGACUACUUGUUGAGAUUACAGCGGACCUCUCUGCACCCUUACACCCCCACCCGAAUUCCUAACCCCUCCUCUUCCUAGGCUUCUGAGGACUGUCGUCUAUUCCAUGUACAAUUAAGCCUUUGAGAAUCACUGCUGAAGCUGUAUUAUGUUGACUUUCUGCUCUCUCUCUCUCUGACUCACCUGAUGGAGAGCUCUCACAUCCCCCCUAAAACGUGUCUCUAGUGCCCCUCUCCUUUCCCUCUCCAGCCCUCUCACUUCGGCUCACUGUGUUGCCCGCCACAGGCUUGCAGAGACUGGUUCCUAUGGAAACCACUCACUACCUCUGGUGUCUGCUGCUCAGCAAGAGCACCUGUGAUGCCGUGUGUCAUACCUGUGGGCUUUGAGACCCCAGGUACCCUUAGAGAGAUCUGCUGCUUACAGUAUUGAUUUUUCAGGGGCACAAUGAGAUGGUAUGCACUGUGUUCAUGCUUCUGCCAAGAGCAGAAAAAGUGCUUAUGACCAUGUGGUCUGACUGGAUCAGCUCAAACCAAAAGAAUACUAGCAACUGAUAAUAGAAAAAAAAGAAUAUUAAGUCCAAUUCCUGUGAGAUGAUACAGGGGUCGAACAAAUCGCAGUAGAGGACCUGUGGGUCAGUUCUGGAGCUUUGAACCUGCAGAAACAGUCAUAUUGAAACUGAAAUGCAGUGAAAGUGAUUUAUUUUCCAAGAAAAAUCUGUGUUGUGCUCAAUUAUAGCUCAUGAGUUCAAAUAUCAUCCAUCAGAAAUAAACUAGGCAAGCUCUGAAUUGCCUUGCAAAACAAGGUCUUUUCCAUCACAUCUACAUGAACAGAAGCUUUUACUUAAAAUAUCACAAUUCAAAUGUUUCCCUCCAGUUCGACUCAGUACUAUGGUUCUCUUGUGCUGUUGGCUUUGACAGAUGUUUGAUGCACAUUGGGAUACAGUAAUAGCCACGCAAAGGUCAGCUGGUCCUGUUCAAGCACAGGUAGAAAAUGCCUGUUGUCUUUAUUGAAGCGAAAACUACAUUUGUGUAGCAAAUAUUUUGGUAAUUCCAUGUAAGCAUUGGUUGAGAUGUUGUUGUUAUUAUAUAAGGAUUAAGGGAGAAAGGAUUUCUUUUUUUACUCUUUUGGGCAGAAAAUGAUGCAAUGAAGGAAACAACCUUGAGCUGCUUUCUGAAAAUACAAUUCUAGCAGAUUUGUAGCUCAACUAUGUCUAAGUCAUGUGUAUGGUUGAUAGAAGUACCUGCUGCAGUAAUGUCACACAUGAUUACUUGCACAAUCUAUUGUGAAAACAUCAUGAAGUUUCAUCAGCAGAAUCCUUCUAAUCCCUUAAGGGAAAUGGUUUGAACAGUACUUUUUCACUUCAGCCCAAUAUCUAUUCACCAAUUUGACUGUCCUGCUAUAGAUAUAAGACCACAAGUACAUAUUUGGGCCACAUACAUCAAUCUAUAUACAUGUUAUUUUGUACUCUAUACAGGAACACUGAAAACUGUCACUUUAGUCACCUUCAGUACAGUCAAAUUGCCGUUUGUGCCUCAAAACAGACAAUUUUAUAGUUUCCUUAAAAUAAACCACACAUUAAGAUUUUAAAUAUGAUAUGAUAGUGAACAGGCACACAUCACCAGAUGGUCAUGGUGACUUUGUGAGGAGAGAGAACAGUAUUUGGAAUGUUGCCAAGCCUGUCUCCUUCCAUCUUCCAUUCCAUCCAAAAAACAUCAUCCUUUGCCAAACUACCACCCAUAUGCUUUUAUCUGUUCCUUUACCAAACUACCACCCAUAUGCUUUUAUCUGUUCGUUUACCAAACUACCACCCAUAUGCUUUUAUCUGUUCGUUUACCAAACUACCACCCAUAUGCUUUUAUCUGUUCCUUUGCCAAACUACCACCCAUAUGCUUUUAUCUGUUCCUUUACCAACUACCACCCAUAUGCUUUUAUCUGUUCCGUACAUUCUGGGCCCAGCUGAAUAGCACUAAGAUGCAAACAAUAUACAAACAGUGCAUGUUACACAUAACACACAUCAGUUUGGAUUUAAUGCUCUUUAGGUUCAUAGGGAAAACAUACAGAAGGAGUUUUGCUCUGUCCAAGUGAUGAGCUACCCAAUAUCAAUAACUAUACAAUAAAAAACCGUGGUGCCCAUGUUGACGAGAUCAGAAACCCAAAUCCCUUUAAAAAACCAGGACAAUAAUAAGGGAGACAGAUAUGGAGUACAUUAAAUGAAAUAGGCCAAAGAAAUAGGAUGGAUUUAUUUUUUGUCCAUUGUUAGUAGUGCACUUGUGUAUACAGAGCUUCCUUGUUGUAUUUAAACAAUAUUGCCCAUACCUCUAGUAUACUUCUAUCACAAAAUGUACUGAAUGGCACUCAGAGGCUGUCUUUUAAGUGGUCGUUUUGACCAACAGUAGAGCCACCUAUGUGGGCCACAGGGUCAGAAAAGUCAGUAACUUUUGUUUGUGCUGUAACUUUCAGUGGCUAUUUUUAGUGUUCCCCAAUGGAUGUCAGGAGAGGAAGGAAAAGAGGGUUCACUUAAGAGUGGGCUGCGUUUGUGGUGCUAGGUGGGCACAAUGCCGAUACCCCAAUCUUUGGGCGUAGACUGAAUAGCAGCGUCAGCUAGACCCAUUUUCAUAUACCCCAAUCCAUUAAGAGCCUGCUGGUCACCGGUGCCAUGGGAACAGCACGGACAAACAGGUACAGCAUUGUAUUGCACGAUGAGGAGGGCUUAAAAAUAUCCACUCUUGGGCUUCACAAUGGUCUCAGCACCCCAAAUCGUAACCUGCUCUCACCUGGCGGAUCUGAUAUCUUAGGGGGUAGAGGGGGACUCGAUGGACGAGGCAUGGGGAGUCCCCUCAAUGGGAAGAUCCUGACCACCGGAGGCAACCAGCUGAGGAGCCGCUUUGUGAAGAAGAAUGGCCAGUGCAAUGUAGUGUUCUCUAACAUGGAGGACAAGCCUCGUCGCUACCUGGCAGACAUUUUCACCACCUGCGUGGACAUUCGCUGGAGGUACCUACUACUCAUCUUCUGCUCUACAUUCCUGAUAUCCUGGUUCAUCUUUGGAAUGAUCUUCUACUUUGUGUCUUUGGCCCAUGGGGACUUUGACGAGCACCCUAGGAUGGGUUCACCCUUAGGUUCAGUGAUUGGGGGUGGGUUAGGGACUGGUGCUGGAGAGGGGGUUGUGGAGCAGAGAGAGUGGAAGCCCUGCCUCCUGCAUGUACAAGGUUUUGUUGGGGCCUUUCUGUUUUCCAUUGAAACUCAGACCACAAUUGGGUACGGGUGGCGCUGUGUGACCGAAGAGUGCCCAGUGGCUGUGCUCACAGUAGUGGUGCAGUCCAUAGUGGGCUGCAUCAUAGACUCCUUCAUGAUUGGCACCAUCAUGGCAAAGAUGGCACGGCCUAAGAAGAGGAAUCAGACACUUCUGUUCUCCCACAAUGCAGUCAUUGCCCUCCGCGAUGGUAAACUGUGCCUCAUGUGGCGUGUGGGAAAUUUGCGCAGGAGCCACAUUGUGGAGGCCCACGUGAGAGCCCAGCUCAUCCGACCCUAUGUCACGGCCGAGGGGGAGUUCAUUCCUCUGGAGCAGACUGACCUCAAUGUGGGCUAUGACUCGGGAAUAGACCGACUGUUUCUCGUGUCGCCUCUUGUGAUAGUCCACGAGAUUGAUGAGGACAGCCCGCUCUAUGGCAUGAACCGGGCUGACCUGGAGUCAGAUGAGUUUGAGAUUGUGGUCAUCCUGGAGGGUAUGGUUGAGGCCACGGCCAUGACUACCCAGGCACGCAGCUCCUACCUUUCCAGGGAGAUCCGCUGGGGUCACCGAUUCGAGCCAGUGAUAUUUGAGGACAGAGAUCGCUACCAGGUAGACUAUGCACGGUUCCACAAGACCUACGAGGUUUCUUCCACACCACACUGCAGCGCCAAGGAGCUCAGCGAGACUGCGGAGCAUCACUCCUCAGCCUCCUCCCGCUCCAUGUCCCCUGUCAGCCAAGUGACCACCCAAAACCUCUUGCUGCCCCAUUCCCCCAGCGCCUUCUGCUACGAGAACGAGGUGGCCCUCUGCAGUGGGGGGGAGGAGGAGGAGGAGGGGGAACCAAACCAGCUGGUGGGAGAUGUCGGGGACUCCGAGACUGAAAGGACUGCCAUACCCAAAGAGUUCCAGAAGAUGUUCCAGGACACUGCAACAAUGACAUCUGGCAACAACACGUUAUGUGUUUUAGACAUGGACAAUCAGAUAGAGUUUGACAUUCUGCAGACUGCAAUUCCUCUUGAUCCUGUAACAUAUAAAAGUGAGCCAGAAAUCUGACGUCUAAGCAGCAGCUAGAGUUUACACUACCCUAGACUAAUUGCAAUCAUAAUAUAAAUCUUCCUGACCUCAACAGACUUAGAAUUUAAGAAAACAAACUCCACAUUUUUAGGAGUGAGGAGGUAGUUCUGGUGACAGUUUGCACAUUUUUUUACUAAAGACUGUAGGAUAAACAAAAAAGACUAACCUUGUCUUGAGUUGUCAAGUUCUUUGGGGUAUUUGCUUGAAUUUGAGGAGUGAUUCUCUUCCCAGCUGAGGAAAGCCAGGGGUACCAUUUCAGACUGGUCCUCCCCAGUCUCAUCUUCUCUGUUCAUUUGAAGAGGUGGACAGACAUCUUAGAUGACGAGAUGUGGUUCUCAGGUGGAUGCAGCCAUGGUGAUUCAGUCGCCUAAUGAUCAAGGUGAAUGAACUGCCAAGACAUGAACAAGGAGGAAAUUUUACACAAAACCAAAGGAGGACAUUUUGUACUUGAGGGUAGAUUUACAGCAGGAGAUACUCAGGGUAGUUUAAAAUAAAUGGAUCUGUCAGUACUAAAUGCAGUUGGUAAGCACUGUAUUAAGAUCUGUUUAUGGCAUUUGCUUGGAGCUAUUCUUUCUGAUCUUCUUUGUUUUGUUCGGCACAAGCAAAGGAAAGAUCAUGAAAUGUGAUACAAGAUAUGAAUCACUCCUUCUGUGAGAGGAGAAAAACAACAAUUUCAACCUGGACUUUUAUCAUAUAGAUGAGACAGAAAGAGUGAAAGAGAGCAUUGUUUGCUGAUUCUAACAGCUAAAACAAUUCGACAAGCCUGUAGAUGUUGUUUUCCAGUUGUCUCUUGAGUUGUCUUUUCAAGUGACUACAGUUAAAUGAAUAUCUCUUGAUUUUUUUGACAUUACAAAAGAUUAACACAGGUUGGUUAAUGCAAUUGUCUAUGUGUUCUUGAAAAUUAACAGAUUUUUUUCUGGAACCUGGAAACUGUUGUUUUGUGUCUGGUGGUAAAACCCACAUGCAUGUCAUGUAGGAGCCACUUAAACACUUAAACCAUCUGAAGGCACCUGGGCUCAGUCAGAGUGAUUCAGUGUAGUAGUUACAUAUUACUUAAGUUAAGCUUUCAAUAUUUCAAGAUGGAGGGUGAAAGCUUUGUUCAGACAUGCAAAAGCUAGAGCAGGCCCCUUUUUUAUUAAAUUAAAUUACACAAUCAAAACAGUUUUGUUCAUAUGAUUACUUUCAGUUCUUUGUCCAGCAUCUAACUGUUUUUUUUUAUGUUUUCUAUGUCAGUAUUAAAUAAUGAAUGGAAUUGUGUUGAGGAAUUUACUUGGACAAAGCCAUGUCUGGACAGAUGGGGGUACAGUCUGGGACUGAAUUUUGUUAAGCUUCUGUUGUUUUAUUUUUGUACUGAAGAAAAUGGCAGUUCUCUGAUGAAGCACUGUUGUUGGGGGAAACAGGCUUAUUACUGUUCAAAAUGAAAAUAUCUGUCUCAUGUUAUGCUCAUUUCUAAGUGAAUUCUCUUCUUGUAUUCAUUUCGAUGGACAGAUAUCUUGUACCCCUUUUAUUUCUUCAAUAAGUUGCGUGUUUCUGCUUUUGCACCUGAAAACCAUGUACAAUACUCAGACCCAACGGUUUGAGGGUAUGCUUGAGUGAGAGACCAAGGAUCCAGCAUGUAUAAAACCAUCUUAUAUUUCAGCUGUACUAAUGCUUAUAGAAUUCAUUUUUUAAAUGUACAUUUUUAACACCCAAACUUUAGGUAUUUGCUAUUUAUUUAUUAUGUUUUUGUUAAUUAUUAUUUGUUUAUUAUUAAUCUCCCUUUUUGAUGUUCAGAUGCAAGUGACCUGCUGUGGAGUGUGUUUGCUUCAUCCAAGAGAGGUUAACAUGCAUUAGAAUGAGGUAACGACAAAAAUACUUGUAUAAACAGAACUGCAGCAACAUAUAAGAGACUCCAACCUUGUUGUAUCUGAACUGUUAUGAUUUGAGUUGGAAUGAGAGUUUAACUUUUAGAUAAGAAUAACAGUUUGAAUUGAAGCCAAUAUUUAGCUUUUUUUCAGAAAAUAUGUCAACUGUAUUUUCUUGCUUGAAUACCUGUUUUCAUGACCAUAGUGGACCAGUGAAAUCCAUGCAUGGAGCAACAUCCUCAAACCAAAAGUAACUCUACAAUGACCAGGCAAUAAUUUGCAAAGAUCAUGACUUGAAGAAAGCGUACUAAAUACUUGUAAGCACUUUAUUCCUUAUGUACAUAUGUCCUCUGUUAUAAAAUAUGACUAAUGAUAAAUAUAUAUAAUACUGGAAUGUUUAAAUCCUGUAUUCAGUGACUUGCAUUUGUAAACAUGCAUUUCCCUCAGUACUGUGAAUAAAUGUUUCUACUAAC